AUGACAGAAAGAGAUAUAGCAUCAUUAUUCAGUGUAUUUAGAUCACUGUAUCUCAGACAAGAGAUAUUCAAUCAUGUUGAGGAGAUAACCAAAUUAAAAGGGCCGGGUUGGAGAAAUAGAAUAACAAGAAAAGGAAAGGAUAUUGUAAAGUUGGCACAUCUUGCAAUGAUAUCACAGUAUGCAAUGCCAUGGGAGUUUAUCAAACAUUAUCUGCCACCUAGAGAAGAGGUAUUGUUAAAGAGAAGAGUGAAUGAAAUCACUCUCUAUUGUUCACAUCCCAAUGCAACAUUGGAUACACUAUUACAUCUAUUGAAAUGGUCUGGUGAUUAUAAUCCUACACUUGUUGAAGGUCAAAAAGUAAACAUUGAAAAGAUAAUAAGAAAUGGAAAACAAGAUAUAUUUGAGUUCUUUGUCAACAACUACCCAACCACCAUUGAUUACAAACUAUCUAGACAAUGGGCUGCUCAAAGUGGACAUUUAUCGAUUCUCGAGUAUAUAGACUCUUCUCCUCCUUCUGCGCAAGUACAGUUUGACAAUAUUACCAACUUGGAUUUUCUGGCAACAAAUGGACAUUUACAUGUUUUAGAGUACUUGCACAAUCGUGGUGAAUGCAUAUUUAUAAAAGAAAACAAUGCAAUAGAUAAUGCUUCACGUGCAUCUCAAUUGGAGAUUGUAAAGUUUCUUCAUUACAAUACAACUGAGGGAUGUUCGACUGAUUCAAUGGGAUCAGCCAUUUUAAAUGGAGAUAUUGAAUUAUUAAAGUUUCUUCAUUUUAAUAGAACUGAAAUAAGUCCAGACCCCAAUGAAAUCGAUAUGGCAUCAGAGUGUGGUCACCUUGAUAUUGUUAAAUUUCUACAUGAACAUAGAAGUGGAGGAUGCACAAAAAGAGCUAUGGAUAAAGCAGCACAGAAUGGAUUCUAUUCAGUUGUGGAAUGGUUACACCAAAAUAGAAGUGAAGGAUGCACAACUAGAGCCAUGGAUAUGACAAAUAGCUUUGAAAUCAUUAAAUUCCUUCAUAAUAAUCGGUCAGAGGGAUGCACAACAAAGGCGAUGGAAAUUGCAGCGUGGCAUGGGAAUUUGGAUACAAUAAUAUUCCUUCAUCAAAAUAGAACCGAGGGAUGUUCAACAAGAGCCAUUAAAUCGGCAGCAGAACAAAACAACAUGAAUAUAGUAAAGUUUCUUUAUGAGAAUAGGACAGAAGGAUGUGAUACCAAUAUUAUAGAUGAACUUUGUUUCAAUGAUAGUAUUGAUUUGGAUAUAAUAAUAUUUAUACAUGAAAAGCUCAACAAACAAUGUACUGCCAAAGGAUUGAAACGUGCAGUAAAGAAUGGUAGGUUAGAUAUCAUUCAAUAUCUCUCAAAACAAUCAUAUCAAUCUCCUGCUUUAUGGAAACAAAAAUUAAUCGACAUGGCAAUCAAUAGAGGUGAUUUAAAUAUUGUCAAGAUUUAUCGUUCACUCAUCUAA